GUAAAAGUGGAUAUUGAGACCAGCAGGGCUAGCACGGGCAAGGGAUAAUUUAUCCACGGGGAGAGGAUAAAACGUUUAUCCCCCACACUCGUUUUAUCCACUCUCCGAGCAUGGGCACGCCGGUGGAUAUAUUAUCCCCGGUGGAUAAACGGAGGGAAAGAAUUGUCCACCCGUUUGUAGAUAAUUAAUAAAUUGGCAUUAUACUACAGAUUAUAAAAUCAAUAGUCCGAAAUAAACGUAAAUUUGAUAAUAUUAUAUUGCAGUCUUUGGUUAUUUUGUGCAUAUUAUUUAUCUGUUUUCUGUUGACAUUUGUUUGUUUGGUGAAUGGUGAUUGUUUUUUGCGGUAAAAGCCAAAAAAUGAGUUUCAAAAAACAAAGAAGUAACAAAAAACAGAUUGAGGUUUUGGUAGAGUUCAUGUCUACCCAUAAUCAUCUUGCCACUGGGGAGUUCACAGGCCCUUUAGGAGGUAAAAGGGCCGACUCCCAGUGGCAAACACUAAAAGAGAUGUUGAAAGAGUAUGGGCCAGAUAGGUCAAUAAACCAAUGGAAACAGACAUGGAAGGACAUUAAAAACAAUUCACGCUCGGAAAAUGCAGCCUCGUCUCGAGCGAGGCACACUACUGGGAACUAUGUAAAUGUCCCAGUAGUAUCAGAUAUAACUAAUAAGGUGCUGUCUAUUAUAGGACAGGAGGCCUCCACAGGCAUUGGGCCUGAAGAGACCGAAAUAGGCCCAUAUGAAAUCUUUGAAGUUCCAGUGGAGAUGGAAAAUAUUCCACCUAUUCCCUUAUCCCCAGUAAUGGCAUCCUCUCAACCCAUUCAUUCCUUCCAACCCAUUGCAUCCUCCGAACCCAUUCCAUCCUCCCUAUCCACUCCAUCUUUAAAAUUCUCGUCCACCCCCAUCCUGAGAAAAAAAGGUUCCUCGACCGAAACAUUUUCAAAAUUACAAGAGGAGCACAAUGCCAUUUUAAAAAGUAUAGAUGAAAGGCUGAAACAAAGAAACGAACUGCUCUCUGAGCAAAAUAAUUUACUUAGGGAGCAAAAUACACAUCUGCGUAGCAGAAAUAAAAUUAAAAGAAACAGAUUUACACAUCGAUUUUUUUAAGUGCAAAUAAGAAAGGAAGAAAGGAGAAGUACCCCCCACUCAACAACUCAACUCUUACUCUUAACUUAACUUACUCAACAAGAAAAAAAAAACUUGUAGCUAAAACACUCUCUCUCUCUGUCUCUGUAUAUUUCUUAUUUUGUUUGUUUUAUUACAUUUUAUUGUUAAUGUUUUCAAAAUAAAUUUGUAUAAUAUAUAA